AUGACUAUGCACAUGGCAAAUCGUUCCGUGACACAGCCCCGGGGCAUUGUAGAAGAUAUUCUAGUUAAAAUUGGGAAAUUCGUUUUUCCAAUAGACUUUGUGUCCAAGCUUACUUUGAGAGUUGGAGAUGAAGAGGAAACUUUUGGAAUAAAAGAAGAUUUCCAAGGGAGUGAUGUUCAAGGUGAAGUAUUCAAUAUUGAUGAAAAAGAUGAACUUAGAGAAUUGGAGAAGUUAAUGGAAGAGGAAAUUAAGACAAUUCAACAAGUCAAGCGUACGAAACAAAGAGCAUCCGUUCCAUUUUUUGUUGAAGUGAUUGCUUUUACAACACCAACUUCUUGGGUAAGUAAGGAAAGCGACGAUUUAUCGAGUAACGAGGAUGAAGACGAGGUUACUUCUAAGGACAUGACUUCAGCUGAUGAAGAAAAGAAGAUUACAUUAGAGCUUAAAAAGAAUGAAGAAAGCUUAGAGAAUAAAGGGACCAAAAGAAAGCUCGACGCAAAUGAGAUAAAAGCUAAAAAGGAAAACUCGAAAAAAGCGUAUAAAAGACAAGUUCAAGCUUACAAGAGGCGAUGGAAGGAGCAAAGAGUUCAGUUGGCGAUGGACUCUUCAGACAACUCAACGUGA